CGCGCUUUCGCGGUGCGCAAGAUGGGCUCGAAGCUGCAGCUGCCGUACCGCCGCUUCCGCGAGUACAACGUGCAGCUCAACGAGGAGGAGCCCGAGGAGCACCGGAUCUGGAUCCUCAAGCCGCAGGGGGGCUUCAACCAGGUCGGCAUCCACAUGUACUCCCUCGCCACCGCCGACAUCGCGAGCGACAGCGCCACCGCCGCGUGGCUCAUGCAGCGCGUGCCCGAGGGGACGUGGGUGCUGCAAGAGUACCUGAUGAACCCGAUGACCUACCAGGGGCACAAGUUUGACCUGCGCGUCUGGGCGCUCGUCACGUCGCUCGACCCUCUCCGCGUCUACCUCCUCGGCACCGGCAUCCCGAAGGUGUCGCAGUGGAACUACUCAAAGGCGGUCGAGGACGUCAAGGAGCCGUGCAUCCACGUCCUGAUGCCCGGCACCAACGAGUGCUUCCAAAACAAGCGCGCCAACGUCCUCACGCCGUACCCCACGCGCACAAACACGCAAGAGUGGUUCGACAAGGUCAUCCCGAGCGGCAGGGACUUUUGGACGCAGCGGGCGUGGCCGUCGGUCGAGUGGCGCGUCGUCGAGCUGCUCGUGCUCGCGCGGGACGCCAUCCUGCACGUCGAUCACCAGCUCAAGCGGAACGGGCUGCGGUACAAGCGCGUCUUCUUCCUCUCGCCCGACAUCCUGAUCGACCAGCACGGCCAGGCGACCAUGGUCGAGGUGAACGUCAACGGCUACAUGAUCGGCAACCUGCACAAGUCCUUCUUCCCGCUGCACGAGGAGCAGCGCGCCGUCUUCCGCCUGAUGGGCGGCAACGGCUUCCCCAAGCAGCACAAGUACGCCGCGGCGCUCGAGCAGCAGACGGCGGCCUUCUGCAAGCGCAGAAAGGCAAAGUGCACGCCGGCGGCCGAGCGCGAGAUCUGGGAGAUGGUGCACGAGGACAUGCAUUGCGCCAUGGCGUGGUACCGCAUCUUCCCGACGGGGGAGGACCGGCCUCACACCGCCCGCCUCAAGGGCUCGCCCAGCUACCAGCGCUCCUUCACCUUCCUCGACGGGGUCAUGUUUGACUGGCUGCAGCACGGCUGGGCGCCGCUGCACCAACUCGACCAGAAUCGCUCAGUGGUCGUCGCACAGACACCGCCGAGCGCGGAUUUGCCGCCGCCGAAGGCAAGGGCUAAACCGCGCCAGCAGAAGCCCGCCAGCGCCGCCAAGAUCCCCGAGGCGCACUUGAACACGAUGCACCGGAUGCCGGCGGGGUUGGCGCCCGCGGGCGGUGACGCGAGCGCGGACGAUGAGCUGGCGGUGCUGCGCGCGCGCAUUGCUGAGCUGGAGAGAAAAGGGCAGGCUGAGGCGGGCCGGGGACGAUGAUUAUUUAUUGGAGUCUCAAUGUCGGGUUGUCAGACGACUCAGCGGCUGUUGUUCUUCGCACAGCACCAACUGUCGGCUUUUUAUAUGGAUUAUGGUACGUCAGUUUCUGGAGGGCGGAUUUUCUGACGCC